CUCCCGUCUGUCACUCAACACCACAGUAUCUCCUCCUCUUCGCAUCAGACUGGUGUGUGUGCCGACCUUGUUCCAGCGACGAGCUACCCGAAAGCCAGCUGUUUGCAGCGAAUACAUUUCUGGCGUAAAAAGCCGCCCGGUCCGGCACGCAUUUAAACCCCCCUGUUUCAGUUCGGUGGUGGUGGUAGUCGUGUAUUUUCACCGUCAAAAUGAGUCAGGGUGCGAUGGGGUGCUGCCCUGCUAUCGCUAGCUAGGCGGACAAAUUCCUUCAACCCAGCUCGCCGUUUCAAUCACUGCGGGUUGACACAACAUUAGCCGAGGCGUCGUUAAGUGAGCUAGCGGGCUAGCGGGGCAACGCUCGUAGCCGUUACGUGUUAUAUUUAGCCAACGGUCGCUAAUGUAGUUGCUAAGCGAACGGACGCAUCGCUGCGGCGUGGACAGUGCAGUAACGGUCGCCCGUCGAACGUUAGCGUACUAGCAACGGUUACUGCUUCUACUAGCGGUGAACUAGCGAGCUAACGUCCGCGAGCCCGCACAGACAUCGACCGUUACGGGUUUUUGGAUGUCGCGACGCUGCCGUUGCUGAACCGCUUUUGACGGGAUCGUGUUGGCGACGGGGUUGGACCGCAGUGACAGGCGAAAAUACGGAGCUGGAAGCGACAAGGGAGAGAGAGAGAGAGGGGUUAAUGCGAUAAAAGCAGGUUUUGAGUGGCUAAUCUGUUGCGGUCGUUUUUAAAGCAUCUCGGGGAGGCCCCGCCGUCUCCUGACUCCCUCCCCCGGUCCGAAUCUGCCGUGAUUUGCCGAGAACACCCGGGUGAAGUCGCAGUUGCUCUCGGCUGGGGGGACAACUUGACAGCGAGGCCCCUAGCUAGUCUCCCCUCCCCCAGCCCCGUCCAUCCAUCCAUCCAUCCAUCCAUCCGCCCGUCCAGCCCGACAGACCACCUCCUCGCCCAAGAUCGAGGCGAGCGCCGGGGAUUCGGGAUAAGCCGAAACCGUGGGCAAGUGUUGUGCAGGGUCCCGUCUAAACUGGGCUGCCAAAACCAGAGGGGAUGACUCUGGAGUCCAUGAUGGCUUGCUGCCUGAGCGAAGAGGCGAAGGAGUCGAAACGAAUCAAUGCAGAAAUUGACAAACAACUCCGCCGAGACAAGCGAGACUCCAGGAGAGAGCUGAAAUUACUUCUUCUCGUCUAACGCCAUGCUUGUGAAGGAGGUGGACAUCGAGAAGAUCAAUGGGUUCGACCAACCUUACAUCACCGCUAUCAAAUGCCUGUGGUCCGACCCGGGGAUCCAGGAGGCCUACGACCGCCGCAGAGAGUACCAGCUCUCUGACUCCACUAAAUAUUACCUUAGCGAUAUAGACCGUGUGACUGCGGAGGGAUACGUUCCCACCCAGCAGGAUGUGCUGAGGGUCCGUGUUCCCACCACGGGUAUAAUAGAGUACCCGUUUGACCUGGAGAACGUCAUCUUCAGUUAUCUUACCGAUCUGGAUCGUAUUGCAGAUCCCAACUAUCUUCCCACUCAGCAGGAUGUGCUCAGGGUGCGCAUCCCCACUACAGGAAUCAUAGAGUAUCCAUUCGACUUGCAAAGCAUCAUUUUCAGGAUGGUGGAUGUAGGGGGUCAGAGGUCCGAGAGGAGGAAGUGGAUUCACUGCUUUGAGAAUGUCACCUCCAUUAUGUUUCUCGUGGCGCUGAGUGAGUACGACCAGGUCCUGGUGGAGUCGGACAACGAGAAUCGUAUGGAGGAGAGUAAAGCUCUAUUCCGGACCAUCAUUACCUACCCCUGGUUUCAAAACUCCUCCGUCAUCCUCUUCCUCAACAAGAAGGACCUGCUAGAGGAGAAGAUCUCCUACUCACACUUGGUGGACUAUUUCCCUGAGUUUGAUGGUCCCCAGAGAGAUGCACAGGCAGCGCGGGAGUUCAUCCUCAAGAUGUUUGUGGACUUAAACCCAGACAGCGACAAGAUCAUCUACUCCCACUUCACUUGUGCCACGGACACUGAGAACAUCCGCUUUGUGUUUGCAGCUGUCAAAGACACCAUCCUACAGCUCAAUCUCAAAGAGUACAAUCUGGUGUGAGGGCUCAUGUACGACGCACAUCUCCUCCCCAUUGCACAAAUGCACAUCUCCUCUGGGAGUGUGCGCUCAACUCCACAUGCAUUACACAGCACACCAUGCCGGCUCACACACCCACACCCACA